AAAUUUUGACAGCAACGAAGACGUUCAAACAAAUGAGGACUUUGGGGAUGAUCAUAACCGUCCAUUAAAGUUUGAGGAGAUUUAUGUCAAUGUCAUUAUGCAAGCAGAAAGAGAAUUAAAGAAUGCUUAUCCCAAAAAAUAUAAAAGACAUGAAAUCUUUCAAUGUCAUCUAGAAAUUAGACAUGAUGCUAGACAAUUGAAAAUGGUGACCGAAAUUUUUAAGCCAAUCCAGGGUGAGAAAGAAACAUCGUAUCCACGUUCUAUUUUAGUCAUUGGAAGGCCAGGAAUUGGUAAAACAAUGUUAACAAAAAAACUUAUGCAUGAAUGGAAAAACAAUACAGAUAAUUAUUGGCGAGAUAAGCACGUUCAUUUGAUCCGAUGUCGUGCGAUUAAAAAUGUUGACAUUACUCUUCAAGAAAUGUUGUGUGAUGAGGGAUUGCCAUAUCCAGAUUACGAAUUGAUAAUGUCAAAUCCAGAAAAACCGUUCUUAUCAUUGACGGUCUUGAUGAGCUUCCAUUGGAUGAAAAAAUCUUUGCCAGCAUUUACAGUGUUAAGUAUGUUGAUUAAAGGUAAACUGUUGCCAGGUGCCACUGUUCUAAUAACAUCACGACCAACCGCUGAAUAUGCAUUUAAACUUUUGAAAUUUAAGAGGACAGUGGAGAUCUUGGGGUUUUUUGAAGAUCAAAUUAAAGAAUAUGUUCACAAGUUUUGUGGUAACGAUAAGGAAUCUACCGAGCUGAUCUUGAACUGCAUUGAUAAUUCUAUCGAACUUCGUAGCUUGUGCUAUAUCCCCGUCAACGCUUACAUUGUCUGUCUGACCCUGAAAGAAUGCUUUAGAAACGACGCAAAAGAUACAGUUAAAAUCUUACUUCGGAAGCACCAUCCAGAUUUUAAAAGUAUAUCAUCACCAAAGAAUUAUCUUCUCAAAGAUUUACCGGAAGAACUUGACAAUGACCUGAAAAUAAUGAAAAGCCUUGCAAAAGACGGCAUUGCGAAAGAGAGUUUGAUUUUUGAAGAACCAAGUCUCUCGAAUUUUCCACAUCGGGCAAAUUGCGGUUUCUUUCAUCAAUUACCAGAUAGACGACGCAAUCUUUAUUGUUUUAUUCAUUUGACUCUUCAAGAGUUCUUCGCUGCAUGGUGUAUUGUUGAUGAUUGGCAAAACAUCGGAAAGUUUUUGGAUAAUAAUGUGUCUGAUCCUAAAUGGCAUUUGGUAAUAGAGUUUGUUGCUGGUUUAUUUGGAGACAAGAAGAGAUCUGGCAGCAUCAGAGAUACUAAAACAAUAGAAGAUGUUGAACAACGGUUUACAUUUUGGAUCUCACAUUUAUUUUCCAAUGACGGCAAUAAAGCAAUUGGUUUUCUGGGAGUAAAGUGCUUAUACGAGUUGCAAGACAAAGAUGUCAUCAGGUCAGCAUGUACACAACUAAAUAAGAACUAUUCUCGAGAAAUGAAGAUUGAAGAUGUUUCUUUUACUCCUGUUGAUUCGAAAGCAUUUUUCGAAUUUCUUUCUGAAUGCAAACACAUAAAUGAGGUUGUGUUCCAAUCGUGUGAGUUUAUUGAUAAUCAUGUCUGCCUUGCAAUGAAAAAGUUUUUAUUAAACUGGACAGGCGACAAAUUACUCUCUUUGCGUUUUGAUUUAUGUGAUUUUAGUCGUUAUUUUUUGAAAUAUCUCAGUGAAACUUUAAAAUGUGGUAACUUUACAUUCACUGCAUCUAGGAACUUGAUUAAUCUAGAAAAUGAAGCUGCUAAAUAUCUUAGUGAAGCAUUGAAAUUUGAGAAUUGUAAAAUUGCGGAUUUAGGUAUUAAAGACCACGAUUUAGGUUAUGAAUGCGCUAAAUAUCUUAGUGAAGCUUUGAAAAAUGAGAAUUGUAUACUUACUGAAUUGCUUAUUAUGGAGAGCAAUAUAGGUGAUCAAGGUGCUAAAUAUCUUAGCGAAGCAUUGAAAAGUGAGAAUUGUAAACUUACUCUAUUAAUUCUUGAAAACAACAAGAUAGGUGAUGAAGGCGCUAAAUAUCUUAGUGAAGCUUUAAAAAGUGAGAAUUGUAAACUUACUAAAUUAGAUCUUGAAACUAACGAAAUAGGUGAUGAAGGUGCUAAAUAUCUUAGUGAAGCUUUGAAAAGUGAGAAUUGUAAACUUACUCAAUUGGAUAUUUAUAAAAACGAUGUUGGUGAUGAAGGUGCUAAAUAUCUUAGUGAAGCAUUGAAAAGCGAGAAUUGUAAAUUUACUGAAUUGGAUCUUCAUGACAACAAGAUAGGUGAUGAAGGCGCUAAAUAUCUUAGUGAAGCUUUGAAAAGUGAGAAUUGUAAACUUACUAACUUAAAACUUUCAAACAACAAAAUAGGUGAUGAAGGUGCAAAAUAUCUUAGUGAAGCUUUGAAAAGUGAGAAUUGUAAACUUACUGAAUUGGGUCUUAGUUCUAACAGUAUAGAAGGAUGA